CGUUCGUUAUUCGCCACUGCUACUCGAACGCAGCCACGUAGCCGUUAAGUUUUCAAAAAUGGUUUUGUAAAUAUUUUUUUUAGUUUUAAGUGCGUUUUUUUUCGCCACUUUUGAAUUGUUUUUCGAAUUUUAACGUGCACGUGCUGUGUUUUACGAACAUUCAUUAAAACACACACGCACAAACGACGCAAUGUGUCCAACCGCGCUGUCGACUUCAGGAUUUUCCGGCAGUAGUUGAUUCCGAGAAUGUUUUAGGUAGCCGUUAAGUAUAUAUAACACUCAGUUCAAUAUGAGUUCAUUCAACGAUUCAACACCGGGACAACAAGUGUCAUCCCCGAUGACAAACUUAGCCAACACUCUAGGGACGACAUUGACAGUUAGACGGAAGCUAACAUUAUCUGAAUCCAGUGAUACACCAAAAAAAUGUUUUGAUUUUGAUAGAAAUGGCUCGCCUGGAAUUGAAAAUAAUCGAUUGUUCAAGGGAAAUUCAAGAAGUAUAAACGAUAGCCCAUUGAAAUGUUUGAUUUUUCAAAAACACCUGAAUAGUCCAAUUGAAAAAGAGAAUUCAUCAAAAUGUUUAGAUUUUAUGUCGAAAACAUUAUCACCGACUUGUGCUAGUCCAACAUUUACGAUGCAUAGUCGUCAUGCAAGAGGACGAAAUCCUCUCGAAGAUCACGAUCCAAAUUCACAAGACAGUGGCUUUUUUUCAGUACCUUCUGAGGAUUCUAGAUCGCUUAAUAAAUUACUUGAAGUCGGAGAAAAAAGAACCUCGUCAGAUGUAUUGAGAUCCGAGAGCAGUACUCCAUACUCGCCAAUUGAAGAUGUGUUUUUAGAUAAUGCUGUAUCGCCGGCGAGAUUGUCUCAGAACUCGCUUCCGCCUGAUUUUAAUGCACUGAUUGAUGGAGAUAUUUUUAGUCAAACUUCACCUAAUAUAAAGCCAAUCGUCAAACGGAGGAAUGUGCGACACUCUUCUUCCGAUACCCCUCGGAAAAGUGAGCCGAAAUUUGAGGAUCUUAAGAACAAUGAUGGUGUGGUCAGAAAACGUAAGCUUACCAUUGAACAUGAAGCGACUACUCCAGAGCCGUCCGUAACAUCAAAAAAAGCAAGACCCAGUAUUUGCCUUUCGAUGUCAUUCGAUUCGCCGAGACUUGAAAAUAUGAAUAUCUCUUUAACGGCUCCCGUAUCGUCAAAGAAGUCUACGCUUUUCCAUUAUGGAUUCUGUAAAAAAGAGGUCCCGAAAAUUCGCCGUUCGUUGUCUACCAGUGAAGCCUGGAUAAAAGCUGCCUUUGACAAAGAGGAUACUGGAGAAGUACUAAUAGGUGACAAAAGUCGAUCGUUUGUCUUGCCAUUGUUGUCUGGUCGUCAUGCCGAUCUACGAAGUAUAUCCACAGACACACUAGCUCAACUACUCGAAGGUGCUUAUGACGAUUGUAUUGACUCGUACAUCAUAAUCGAUUGCCGGUAUCCGUACGAAUUUGAAGGUGGUCAUAUCAGAGGAGCGAUUAACAUCUUUACCAAAGAGCAGCUAUUACAAUUUUACAUGGAAGAUAAAUUGGGCAAACAAUCGCCGAAAACCGACGGGGUCGUUGGAAAGAGAAAUAUACUGAUUUUCCAUUGUGAAUUUUCGUCCGAGAGAGGUCCAAAUUUAUCACGAUACUUGCGUAACGCUGACCGCAAGAAGAACGCUUAUCCGUUUUUAGACUACCCCGAAAUGUAUUUGUUGGACGGAGGUUAUUGUAAAUUUUUCAAACAAUACAGUCAGUUGUGCGAACCGUCGUGUUAUCGUAUGAUGUUAGACCCUGCACAUUCGAAAGAACUCAGAUUGUUUAGAUCAAAGUCUAAAACUUGGGCCGGCGAUGGUGCUAGUACAUCGCGAAACGUCAGUAAAACUACUUUAAAACGAUUGGGAUUUUAAUCGGGGUGCACCUAAGUGAUUAUCAUAAAUCAUUACAACAUUGCCUCUAAUUUUAUUCAUGCAAUUUUUUUUUUCCUUUUUGUAAGUUUUUUUAACGUUUAACCAAUUUAUUCCUUUUUUAUUAUUAUUAUUAUUAUUAUUAUUAUUUUAUUUUUUUAUUUCCUGUACUUAAUAAAAAUUGAUGUGUUGAUGUAUUAAUAUUAGAUUCCAGUGCAAUUUUCAUAACUUUGAUGAUGCAAUAACAAAAAGCACUGUUACCUAAGUUUCCAAAAGCAUAAAAUUAUUUAAUUCGAUAAUCCGUUUUUCGUGUUU